AUAUUUUCCGUGUGUGGUAUUUAUUUUGGUAGUGUCCUUACCGUCCCUUUCAGCCUGAGCCAGACCCGGGACCAUGGUGAAGGAGUCGGAGACCACCGCAACCAUCCGGACGAGGAAGUUCCUCACCAACCGGCUUCUUAACAGGAAGCAAAUGGUUGUUGACGUCCUGCACCCUGAUAGGGCCACAGUACCUAAAAAGGAAAUCAGAGAAAAACUAGCUAAGAUGUACAAAACAACUGGUGAUGUUGUUUUCUGCUUUGGCUUCAGAACUGCGUUCGGUGGAGGCAAGAGCACAGGGUUUGCUCUAGUAUAUGAUACCCUUGAUUAUGCAAAGAAGAUCGAGCCUAAAUAUCGCCUUGCAAGGCAAGAAUUGAUAGAAGUGAAGAAAACUGCACGUAAGCAGAGGAAAGAGCGAAAGAACAGAAUGAAGAAGGCACGUGGUACAGCUAAGGCCAAGAUGGCUGCUGCCACUAAAAAGAAGUAAAUGUAGCGGAAAGGAAAAUAAAUGUAAAAUAUCAAAA